AUGAAUACUGUUGCUGAUGAAUUAACACGUACCAUUGUAAUAACUACUACACAAAUAGAAAUUAUACGACAAAUAGAAGUGGCGGCACCGUCAAACGAAGCAGUUUCUCGAUUACAUUCCCAUCUUGAUCAAUCACUUACUGAUCAUGUAAGAUUUUCACCAAGAACUUGGACAAAUGUGCAUGGUAUUUCUACACCUACAAACAUUAAACGCUCACAGAAAACAUUAUGGUGGAUUGGUUGUUUAUUUAUCAUUGUUGGAAUUCUCGCUCUUUCAAUUGUAAUUAUUAGUUUAACAAUUGCUUUUAGAAAAAUUAAUAUUGUUAGAGAAAUUGAUAUUGAAAGAUACGAUUUAGGUGAUUUAUAUUAUGGUAUGAAUAAUAUAAAUCAAAUAAAUUUUUCUUCUAAUACUUAUCUAUCAAGUGAUAAUAAAAUAUUAAUUCAAAAAUAUUUUUCCAAUCAAUUACUUAAUGAACCUGGUUAUCGUGCUUUAUUUAUUGAAAGAAUUUUUAUUCAAGAUCAAUCAAUUAAAAAUAAACAAAAACAACGAUUAUGUUCGAUUAUUUUAAUUAUUCAAAAUAUUCAAAUUUAUUUUGAUCAAUGUUCAAAUUGUAUAAAUGAACGUAAUUUUAUCUUACGUCGUUUAUUUUUUAAUAUAACUGCUUUUCAACAAUCAUUUUAUUUAUUAUUAAAUAAUCUUCAUAUAUCUAUACAAAUUUGUUCAACAUUAAAUAUAUAUCGUUUUAUUGUACCAAUACGAUUAAAUAUUUCGUACGAACAAAAAAUUAAUUCAAGUCUUUCAAUAGACAAUAGUAAUCUUAAAUAUAUUUCUUCAACAAUGAAAAAUAUUUUAUUACCAUUAAAAUUAAAUUCAUCAAUUGCUACAACAAAAUAUAUUAAUAUUAAUUCUAUUAUAUCAACAAUUCCAUUUAAAAAACUUAUUGAUUCAACAUCAACAAUUCAUCUAAUUGAAACUACUAAUUUCAUAGAUUAUGUAGAAGAAUCAAUGAGUUCUACUAUGAAUGAUUUAUCAACAAUAACAGAUAUAAAUACAUUUCAAACACAAGAAACAUCUUCAGUUUUUUUUAAUGAAAUUCAAACAUCUAAUUACAUUGAAGAAACUACUCAAUCACCGUCAUAUAUUCUAACUUCAAUAAAACUAACAACUAACCAUCGACAACAAUCAUCAAUUAAAUCGGGUUUUACAACUAAAACUUCUUUUCAAAAAACGACUCCGAGUAUGUUUCAAUUUUUACCAUUCAGACCAUCUACAACUAUUUCCCCUUGGCAAACUACAUUAUCAAGUCGAUUUAUAACACGAAAUUAUAAUAAUUCAUCUACUAUAAUACAAACAAAUAGGAAUCGAAUAAUACCUUUUACACAACGACGUACUUAA